AUGGCGCUGGAAGCAGCGAUCUACUCGCAAGACCCGUUUGGUUACCCACCAUUAUUCAAGGACCACUACGGCAGCUAUGACUUCCACCAAGAAGAAGAAGAAGAAGAGGGUGAAAUCAACAGGUCGGCCUCUCAGAGCCUCGACGACAAAAUAAUGUUGUUCAACGAUUCCAUCGCCACUCCUCCACCUCCUACGCAGCAGUCGAACGGCUGGGAUUAUUGUUACUACAACAACAACUCCUCCCCCGAGCCUUGCAGAGUUGCAGCACUACCGCCGUCCGCCGGCGAUUAUUUCUACCCGCCACCACCGGGAGAUGUGGCGGCGUCCACGCCCAUUGCACCGGCACGGCGGAAGCGGCGGCGGACAAAGAACACCAAGAACGAAGAGGAGAUAGAGAGCCAGAGGAUGACUCACAUCGCGGUGGAGCGCAACCGGAGGAAACAGAUGAACGAAUACCUCGCCUUGCUUCGCUCUCUCAUGCCCUCUUCCUACGCUCAAAGGGGAGACCAAGCUUCGAUAAUUGGAGGAGCAAUUAAUUAUGUGAAGGAACUGGAGCAGCUGCUGCAGGCCAUGGAAGCUCAGAAAACGUCACAUCAUCAACAACAUGCUCAAAACAACGACGGUCAGGCAGGGUUGACUGACAACGGCCGUUCGCCGUCGCCGUUAUUUUCCGAGUUCUUCGACUUUCCACAGUACUCAACUCGGAACCGGACCGUGCAGGCUCAGUCGCCGCCGGUAGCUUCUGGCGACGGGAUGGCCGGCAGUUUGGGUGGUGUAGUAGCGAGGGAGGAGGCGGCGGUUGGAGAGGUAGAAGUGACGAUGGCGGAGAGUCACGCUAACGUCAAGAUUCUGGCCAGGAAACAGCACCGGCAGCUGGUGAAGCUGGUUGCUGGGCUGCAGGGACUCGGGUUCACCAUUCUUCACCUCAAUGUUACCACCACGACCACCUCAGAUCAAAUGGUUCUUUACACCGUUAGCUUCAAGGUGGAGGAAGGGUGUUUUUUGAACACGGUGGAUGAGAUCGCAGCUGCCGUCAAUCAAAUGCUACGGCGGAUUGAGGAAGGAAGCUAUUAUACUGAUCAAACUUGUUAG